GAGAAUGAGACUCUGCUGUCGUCAGCUCAGCGAAGAACGACAGACAAAGCAACAGGUGCAUGAACGUCAUUUACUCUCCAAAAAUGGCUUCCUUCUUCUUCCUCCUCUCUCUAUAAAGACACAGACAGCGGCACCCACAAAGGCAACCUUAUUAACUACCCCCCAAAAAACAUGGGCAAUCGUAUCUGGGUUUUUGUUCCUGAGAUCCUUUUUGUCCUAAUCAGUCUCUGUUUCUGUCUCUGCAAUGGUGAUCUUUCAACUUCUCAGCAAGAACUGGAUAGGGUUGGUGAGCUCCCGGGGCAGAGGUUCAAUAUCAGCUUUGCACACUAUGCCGGGUAUGUUACUGUCAAUGAGGAAUCUGGGAGGGCUCUCUUUUACUGGUUUAUUGAGGCUGAUGAAGACCCAGAAUCCAAGCCUCUUCUUCUUUGGCUAAAUGGAGGGCCUGGAUGUUCAUCAAUUGCUUAUGGUGAGGCAGAGGAAAUAGGACCAUUCCAUAUUAGGCCAGAUGGGAAGACCCUGUACUUGAACCCUUAUUCUUGGAAUCAAGUUGCCAAUAUUUUAUUUCUUGACUCCCCUGUUGGUGUUGGUUUUUCAUAUUCUAACACUUCCUCUGAUUUGCUAAGUAAUGGAGAUAAAAGGACUGCUCAGGACUCACUGACAUUUUUAUUAAAGUGGUUUGAGCGCUUCCCCCAAUAUAAAGGAAGGGACUUCUACAUCUCUGGAGAGAGCUAUGGAGGGCAUUAUGUUCCACAGCUAAGCCAAGCAAUUGUAAGGCACAACUGGGCAGUCAAGGAAAAAGUGAUAAAUCUGAAGGGUUACAUGGUCGGAAAUGCUCUAACUGAUGAUUACCAUGAUCAUCUGGGGGUCUUUCAAUUUAUGUGGUCUGCCGGUUUGAUUUCUGAUCAAACAUUCAAGCUGUUGAACCAACUAUGUGAUCUUGAGUCUUUUAUCCACUCCUCAAGCUCUUGUAAUAAGAUUCUAGAUGUUGCUAGUGAAGAACUUGGAAACAUUGACCCAUAUAGCAUCUACACUCCUCCCUGCACCGCCAAUGUUAGCCAGUCAAAGUGGCUGCUCAAAAGAAGGCUUAUGGUUGGUCGUGUCAGUGAGAAGUAUGACCCUUGCACGGAGAAGCACUCAGAAGUGUAUUUCAAUCUACCUGAGGUUCAGAAGGCACUUAAUGUUUUGCCAAAUUUUGCACCAUCUAAAUGGGAGACCUGCAGUGAUUUGGUAAACAGUAACUGGAAGGAUAGUCCUAGGACAGUGCUGGAUAUUUAUCGAGAGCUUAUACCUUCAAGACUUCGCAUAUGGAUUUUCAGUGGUGACACAGAUGCAGUCAUCCCAGUUACAUCGACCCGCUACACUAUAGAUGCCCUUAAGCUUCCAACAGUGAAGCCAUGGCGUGCUUGGUAUGAUGAUGGGCAGGUAGGUGGAUGGACUCAAGAGUAUGCAGGCCUCACCUUCGUGACAGUGAGGGGAGCCGGCCAUGAAGUCCCUCUGCACAGACCUAAAUUAGCUCUCGCCCUCGUCAAAGCAUUCUUGUCAGGAACCUCAAUGCCAAAGGGUGAACUAAUUAGUGACUCCUGAAGUUUCCCAGGCUUUAGUUAAAAUGCAUAAUUCAAACCAGGUGAAAGGAAUGUCAUUUAUGUGGAACCCAAAGCGACACUUCUCAUUCUUGUUCUCCUUUCCUUUUUCUAGGUUUCUCUCUUUGAACUCCAGCUUCAUUGGUUCAGGAUAUCUCAACUGACAUCUGAACUGUUUGAAAACUAUCUCAAAAUUUAUCAUUCAUGGAACAUGGUUUAUUCUUGUAUUGUGCACCACCGUUAUAUGGUAAAACUUUGGCUUUCCCAUUCUGACUUGCAUGAGCUUGUCCUCUAAUGCUCUUCAAGUACGGAUUUGAGCAAUGCUGCAAUUUGAUUGAUGUAAAAAGAAAAUAUUUAUAAUAUG